GCUUUUAGAGUAACCUGUUGAGUCAACGUGAUGGUAAGGAAAAUUCUACAGGAUGUAGAGUGAUCACACAAAUUGUCUUGGUAACAACAUCUGUGUAAAUAUUCUAAUCGGAAUGAAUGAAACUAAUAUCCUUUCUUGCCAGUGUCUACUGAUUAGGACUGAUUUAGCGUAAAAUCAUUGUAGUAAUCACCUCGGACAUACGGAUGAGCUGACGCGAUGGCAGAGAAAAUUCUACAGGAUCUUGAAAAAGCCUCACAGAUCGCUCUGGCACCUCCUGAUGUUGUGACAUCAGAGCAGAGACACGCAGCAGAGGCAGUUAUCCUUGAAUUUCGUAAAACCAAGCUUCCCUACAACCUGUGCAAGUUUAUUCUAGAGAACAGUAAAUCUGACUAUGUUAUGUUCCAAGCGGCCACCACCAUUAAGGAGAGUGUGGUUCGGGAAUGGAUGUUACUUGAGGCCUCAGACAUUGAGUCACUGAGGUCAUUUCUACUGAGAUUCAUUACGCAGCAUAUCACGUUGAAGAGCUAUGUGAGAGAGCAGAUACUGCAAACAGUGGCAGUCAUCCUUAAACGUGGAGAAGUGGACGUUAAAGGAGCCAGCCGGGAUAAUAUGUUCCAAGACGUCACCAAUCUAGUCAGCAGUGGAAACGUUACCAUGCAACUAGUGGCCUGUUCCAUGCUGACAGCCCUCCUGAAUGAGUUUUCAAGCUCCAGCAAAACCAGCAAUGUUGGAUUUACGUGGGAGUUCCAUUCCAAGUGCAAGAAGGCUUUUGAGGAAAAUGAUUUGAAGAGGGUUUUCUUGUUUGCCCUGCAAGUUCUGUAUGAGAUUGAGAAACAACCCAGUCCAUUGAGCCGGGAGACUACUGCCGUUCUGAACCGACUUCUGUCUAUAACCGAGAGCGUUUUGUGCUGGGAGUUCACCCCCAAACUCAGUUAUAGAAGACAUGUUGGGUCAUUUGAAAUGAACGAGAAUGUUUCACUUAAACCUGACGAAUCGUGGAGAAGUACUCUGCUGGACAAAAACAUGCUACAGUUGUUCUUCAAUAUUCACAAGAAAGUCCGCUAUAACUCCGAUAUGUCCCAUCAUUCCAUGACUUGCCUAUCCCAGCUAGCAUCACUGAAUGGCAUUGUGUUUCCUGAUGACAAAGCUCGAUUGGAAUAUCUCACAGCAUAUAUCAGCUGUCUUCUAGAUCUUCUAUCGGGCAUUGACCUACAGGACUACGAGAAUCUGGGCGUGGCCAGCACAUUUAAGAACCUCAUUCUGAUGUUUCCCGUGUCCCUGCUGGACGCUCUCCCCAGGGAUUUGUUGACCGUAUUCAUCAAUCACAUGACACGACUCACCUGUGAUAUGGGCAAGAAUGCUGCCAUGGAAGAGGCUUUACACAAGGACGACACGCUAUACAUGGAAGCCUAUGAGAAGAUGCUUGAAACCUGGAUGGACCUGGUCACCAACAUGAAGGACCUCCCCGUGGAAGUGCUGUACCCCCAGGCUCAGGAGGUGUUCAACACAUAUGUACAGUGCCACAUCAGUGCUCCAGAGGGCACCAGGACUCAGAAUGGGAUGGAUGCGUACACUGACACUGACGAGGUGGACGAGGUUGAGGAGGAGGACAGAGAGAGAUUUGCUGACCAGCUGUGUAGUAUAGGAAUUCUGGGAAGGCUAGCUCCUGAGCACUGUGUGCCACUACUAGCAAAAAUUCUGGAGAAUCGUGUCAGUAGGUUAAAUGGCCACCUCCACCGGUUACAGCAGCAGUCGGCAGCACCUCAGAAUUGUCAGCUAGACACCUCUCAUCUCAACUCAUUGUACGAGGACCUCCACUGGAUUGUUCUAAUCACCACCCAUGUGUUAACAGAAGAGUGUGAAGGAGAAACUCCCAUGAUUCCCUCAGAUAUCAUGGAUUAUUCCAUUAGUCAAACCAAGAAAACUGACCUGUCCACCACUCUGCAGGUUAUGGCAUCUCCCGGACAGACUAUAGAAAGCAUUCCUGGUAGUGAUAGCUCAACAGAUCCAGUUGUCAGGUUAAUUUCGGCAGUAUUCCGGCUGUGUGAAGUGGAAAAGCAGGCCAUCCAUUCCAAACUGAGUCACAUCCUUAGCCCCCAGGUGGGGCGAUCUGUCAUGUGCUUCCUCAGGAGGUGGGCAAGGGCCUAUCUACUGCCAGACGAAAGCUACUACACAAAUGUUAGCCCUGCCAUUUUUUCAGCCUUUGGGAGGGACACAGAUGGUGCUCAAUGGACCACAUCCUUCUUGCUAGACAAGAUCAUCUCUAACAUAGCCAUAUGGACCGCGGAGGAGGGACUGGUGGAAGAUUCGCUUCAGUUGCUAGUGUCCCUAGUUGAUCAACGACAAAAAGCUACAUACAUAACAAAGAGUGAACUCCUUUGGAAUAUUGCCAAGCAAGAAGCCAAUCAUCAGCCACCUCUAAGUCUGCUGCCGUCUAAACCCAGACGUAGUUUGUUAAAGGCCCUUGUAUUGGCUGGAUCUGGAGUGGAAGACGACACUCUCCGAGAAGGUUUUUGGAAUUGUGUUCUAAAGUCACUUCAUGACAGAUUUCAUCACAUCAUCUCUCAGGAAAAUUUCUCCCGGGUAGCCCAGGUAGUGGGUGUGAAGGCAGCCUUGAUCACGAUAUUGGAGUCUCUGUGUGGGGUCGCUGAGGGGACUCGUAUCGACAAUGUACAACGACUUUUCAACUUCUUCCAACCUCUCCUGCAGGAGUGUGUCAAACUUCUAGAUGUUUACCACAACUGUGAGGACGUUGUGCCAUUGGUCAUUGAAUUGUUUAAUGAAGUGGUGCAGAAAGAGCUGUGUUAUCUAGGGGAGACAAACUCCAGAAAGCUGUACGAGUUGUGUUUGUCAGCAAUACAGAUGUAUUCGAAGCACAAUGCUGGUCGUCGUACAGUCACCGAUGAGGAGGAAGAGGAUCGGUACAAUGAUAUUCUGCUGCUGAUGGAGCUGUUGACCAACCUACUGUCUAAAGACUUCAUCGACUUCAGUGAUCCAGCAGAGGAGGUGUUCCCUCAGAACGAUGGACAGGUGUCUGCAGCGGAGGUUGUUUUGUUUGGACUGAACACCGUCAUUCCGUUGAUGAGCGAGGAUCUUCUCACAUUUCCCACCUUGUGUGUUCAAUACUUUAAACUGGUGACCUUCCUAGCAGAGAUUCACCCUGAGAAGUUUUCAUCUCUCCCAGAGAACUUAUUAAAUGGUCUAAUGGCUUCAGUGGAAUUAGGGCUGUCCAAAUAUGGUUCAGACAUCAGUAGAAUGAGUUUAGAGAUCAUCACCUCAUUAGCAUCAUAUGUAUUCCAGUCCCACCAAUCAGGAACCAUCUUGUAUUCUCACAUGGCAAACUUUCUUAAGCAAGUGUUCAACAUGUUGCUGUUGGAGACGUUUAACAUGGAAUUAUUAGAAGUGUCUAGUACCGCCCUGUUCUGUCUGAUCUGCUGUCAUCAGAAUGGAUAUCGUGACCUUGUGAACCAGCUACUGCAGCACCAGACGGACCCCUUGUAUCACCAACGUUUGCUGGAGGCCUUCAACAACCUGACCCCGCCCUCACUCAGCAUGUCCAUCAACAGAACCAGCAAAAUAGCAUUCAUGACCAACUUUGGCAAUUUCCUCAUCAACGUUAGAGGAUUCCUUUGUGUUAAAUAAAAACAAAGCUAAUCCCUCAUAUCAGAGGACUUUUUCAGAUCGUAAACUGAUGAGGCUGGAGAACUGUGUAUGUAAUCCUCGUUCUUGGUUUCUUUUACUGAGAGACCUAAGAGGCUUGACCCGGUUUAUGCAAUCAACUGCAAAGCAUCAUGGGAACAUUGACAAUCAGAGAUGGUCAUUAAAGGCAUCCCUUGCUUCAGUAGGUUAUUCCCGCGGGUGCCUUUUGUUAGUGAUUCUGUUCAUACCAGUUUUUUAUGCCCCUCAUGACUAAAUUUUGGGGCAUAUUGUUUUUGUCCUGUCUGUCUGUCUGUGUUUUAACUUUAACCUUGCUCAUAACUCUUGGUUGAUGAGUGAUUUUAUUUCACAUGUGCAUUCCUUGAGACAAAACCUUUCAUUUUUUAUACCAAAGUUUUUCACCUUCUUUAUUGUUUCUUUGUUGCCAACGGGGGCAUAGUGUUUCAAAAACACAUAUUUUGUUUUCGUUUUCUUAUAACCAGCAUUACUUAAUCUGAAACAUUGUGUUGUGAAUUUAUGCAGCCCAUGACAUAAUUUCUUUUCUACACAACACUUUAUGACACAAGUACCUAUGCAUUAUAAAGCACAACAUAUCAGAUAGUGCAAAUUACCACAACCAAUAAAGGGAGAUGUUUUAUUGUACAUGAAUUUGCAAUGUUUUCUGUGUUCAAGCAGGCAUUAUUGAGACUCCCAACAUUGAGAUACAGAACUGCACAUUUUUAUUUUUGUUGAAUGCAAUAUUCACUCAGCACUUUUAUCAGCAAAAUAUUUGUUAAUGAGAAGUAUAACCUAUUUAUAUAUUAUUUUAAACUGAUUUUAGUUAAUGGUCAUUGGCUUGCUUUGUAUAAUCAAUGUCUUCUUGAAAAAAAUAUAUUCUAUCAGUUUUACUCUUUUUUUUUAACAAUACCACCAACAGCUUUGUUUUUGUACAAUCCACUUUUGUUUGAGACUCUACAAUAUAUGUAUCACGUGACUAUUCCUUUUGUUUUGUGGUAACCAAGGAACAAGUUAUUGCUCAGUGUAUUUUUGCAUGGAGAUCAAAAUUCUGAAUAAAAUAUUUACCUUCUU